UGCUUGUCUCCUGCCAUUAGUAUAUCUUCUCCUUGGCGUAGGUAAGUGAAAACUUGUACAUAUAAUACAUAAACAGAAAGAAAGAGUAAUUAAAGAGUAGUUGUGCAGUUAACAGAAGUCUCAGCUUAGGAAACAUUAAACUAUUAAUAAUAUCCUAAUAUUAAUAGGCUGUAAUGAGUUUGAUUUUAUUUUUUUAGAUGGAUAUUGCCAGUACAGAUGGAUACGAUGCUACUCCAACUCAAUGAGUUUGACAGACAUGGUGUUUGUAGAGUCGUACUUUUAUAAUAAAAUGGAAUUCCUAGUAUUUAACAGCACCGUUGGUAGGUAUGUCGGCUAUUCAGAUUUUGGAAUGGCUCUAGCACAUCAAAAGAAUGAAGAUAAACACCUUCUGCCUUACGAGCAGGGCUCUGUGGACAGACUCUGCAAAGUCAAUGCUCUUGUCUACAAAAGCCAUGGAAUGGACAAAACAAUGGAGCCCAGCGUGAAUCUGAAUUUGGUGAGGCCAGUCAGUAGCAAUCAUCUCGCCAUGCUGAUGUGCAGUGCCUACAACUUCUACCCACAAAUGAUCCGCGUGACCUGGUACAGAGACGGCCAGAAGGUGACCAGUGAUGUCUCAGCCACGGAGGAGCUGGCGGAUGGAGACUGGUUCUACCAGAUCCACUCCCACCUGGAGUUCACCCCCAAAGCUGGAGAGAAGAUCUCCUGUGUGGUGGAGCACGCCAGCUUCAAGGAGCCCAGGGAGUUUGUCUGGGACUCCUCCAUGCCCAAGGCUGAGAGGAAUAAGAUCGCCAUUGGGGCCGCUGGCCUGCUGCUGGGACUGGUGGUCUGUGCUGCUGGACUGCUCUACUACAGGAAGACAUCAAGAGGCUGGAUCUUGGCUCCUCAAAGAUCAACCCCUACUCAUUGACGGCAUAAUUCAUGUUCCUCCUCAUCCUCCAGUGCUUCCUUCAUGUGCGCCAUCAUUGCCAAUCAAACAUUAUGACUAAACAUUUUAUUCAGUUUCUUCGAUGCAUACCAACUCUGGAGUGGAAGUCUGAGUAAGCACUGAUCUAACUCUUCCCAAAGUCUAAAGUGUCUUUCUUGUGUGUUUAAUUUCCUGCACUGUUCAAAUCUGUUACAUUCUUUGUAAACCUCUACCAUCUAUAUGCCUCAGGUCAAGCUAGUGCUUACAUCCAGUAGAAAAACCUGUCAAGCAAUUGACAAUAUUGUCAUGGCAUUAUCAUUUCCUUAAGGCUAACAUUCAGACAUGCGGACAUUUUCAAAACCAUCUUGGUAAAAGCAUGAAUAAAGAAACAAACAUCAAUGAA